AUGGGAAACCUGGUGGGCAGCUGGCGCUUCAAGGAGCCGAGCACCGUGGAGGAAUGCGACUCGACGUGGGGAUCGGACUCGGAGAGCGAUGAGCCGACGGCUGAAGAUGACAGCGGCAUUUCCGACUCCGUCAGCCCAGCGGAGAGCGAUCGGACCGCGGGACAAAGCGGGGACGCUGGCCUGCAGCUGACUGAUUCCCCAGAGUCUGCUCCUAAGAUGAAGAGGAGUUUUUACGCCGCCAGGGAUCUCUACAAAUACCGUCACAGCUAUCCGAACUACAGAAAGUCCAGGCAGCCAAACGAGUAUCGAAACCUGCGCUUUUACAUGAACAAAAUCCCACUGGUUCCCGAUGGUAUUUACAUCGAGGAAAUUCUUUCAAAGUGGAGAGGCGACUAUGACAAACUGGAGCACAAUCACACCUACAUUCAGUGGCUGUUCCCAUUAAGAGAACAAGGGCUCAACUUCUACGCACAUGAACUGACUCAGGACGAGAUCAAAGAAUUCCAAAGCACUCGGGAAGCAAAGCGGAGAUUCUUGGCGGCUUAUUCAAUGAUGUUGGAUUUUUAUGGCAUCAAACUGCUGGAUAAAAGUGGUAAUGUCGCUCGGGCCCCCAACUGGCAGGAACGCUUCCAGCACCUUAAUGAGUCUCAUCACAACUACCUGAGGAUCACUCGCAUCCUGAAGUCCCUGGGUGAGCUUGGCUACGAGGCUUUUAAGGCCCCGCUGGUUCGUCUCUUCCUCCAGGAGUCGCUGUGCAACGUCACCCUUCCGAACAUGCAGCACAGUGUGCUGGAGUACUUCGUCUACACCAUCCGCCUACCUGCCACACGGCGACGCCUGCUCCGUUUCGCUCGCAAGCACUACAAACCUGCCCACGCCUUCCUCUGGGGGCCGCCGCCUAAGAAGGGAAUCACUGGCAGCGUCGGCGCCGGGAGCAGCGGGAUCAGAGCUCCUGCUCCCACACCAGAGCUAAACAGGAGGGUAGAGGAGAAUACUUCCUCAUCAGUGAGUAGCAGGAUCACAGUGUCUUCCCAUGAUGCCAUAAUGUGCCAGGACUUGGUUGGAGGAGGGAUAAAGGGCUUCCCAGACCUUGGUUCUUAUGAGGCCGGAUUGCAAAUGCCACUGAUGCCCGUUAGUGGGAGAAGAGAGAGGAGUGAGUACAGCUAGGCUCACUCCCUUUGGAAAGAGAUUGUCUCUGUUUUAUAUUUAUUAGAUACUCAGACCCAGGAUAUCAGCAGUGAAACACAUUUAAAAUAAUAAACAAAAAAGAGAAUCAGUUCAGGUUAAGGGCUUAGAAAUACAUUGCAAAACUGGUUACAUAUAAUUAUAAUCUCAUUUUUUAGACAUAUCGUAAUUUUCAAUGACCUUCCAAAACCAUUCAAACCAGUGGAGACAUGAAUUAAAUGACUUUUGUCAGAAGGACUGAACUUUUAUAAAGAAGAAAACACUGGGUAGAUGUUUGCCUUACAUCAUGAUUCACCAUUAAGCUCUAGUAGGAAGGCAAUAUUGAUGACUAGAAUAGUUUGUUUUAUUUGUGCUUUCUUUAUCUAGGGAAAAGAUGAGUUACUGGUGAGCAAUACUUUAAAACCAGUUUUUUUGAUUGACCUAAAGGCCUCGUUAUUUUUGUUGAUAGCAGACACAACCGUGUAUCUACUCUGUGAUUUUUAAUGUUUCACCUGAAGAGCAAAAUACAAAACCUUUUAGUUGAUUUUAUAAAAAAAAAAAAAAAAAAAAAAAGGGAAUUGUAAGGCUUUUGGUGACAUUCA